AUGAUGCCCGGGGCGCCGCUCCUGCGGCUGCUGACCGUGGUCUCUGCGGCAGCGGCGGUGGCCGGAGCGCCCGGGACGGUAAUGCCCCCCACCACGGGGGACGCCACCCUGGCCUUCGUUUUCGACGUCACUGGCUCCAUGUGGGACGACCUGAUGCAGGUGAUAGACGGCGCCUCGCGCAUUCUGGAACGCAGUCUAAGCCGCCGCAGCCAGGCCAUUGCCAACUACGCGCUGGUGCCCUUCCAUGACCCAGAUAUUGGCCCAGUGACCCUCACAGCGGACCCCGCGAUGUUUCAGAGGGAGCUGAGAGAACUCUAUGUGCAGGGAGGUGGUGACUGCCCGGAGAUGAGUGUGGGGGCCAUUAAGGCUGCCGUGGAGGUUGCCAACCCCGGCUCCUUCAUCUACGUCUUCUCGGAUGCCCGCGCCAAAGACUAUCACAAGAAGGAAGAGCUGUUACGUCUCCUGCAGCUCAAACAAUCACAGGUGGUCUUUGUGCUGACGGGGGACUGUGGCGACCGCACCCAUCCUGGCUACCUGGCCUAUGAGGAGAUCGCUGCCACCAGCUCUGGGCAGGUGUUCCACCUGGACAAGCAGCAAGUGACAGAGGUGCUGAAGUGGGUGGAGUCAGCGAUCCAGGCCUCCAAGGUGCACCUGCUGUCCGCAGACCACGAGGAGGAGGGGGAGCACACGUGGAAACUCCCCUUUGACCCCAGCCUGAAGGAGGUCACCAUCUCAUUGAGUGGGCCAGGGCCUGAGAUUGAAGUCCAAGAUCCACUGGGGAGGAUCCUGCAGGAGGACGAGGGCGUCAAAGUGCUUCUCAACAUCCCUGACUCGGCCAAGGUGGUAGCCUUUAAGCCUGAGCAUCCCGGGCUGUGGUCCAUCAAGGUCUAUAGCAGUGGCCGCCAUUCCGUGAGGAUCACAGGCGUCAGCAACAUUGACUUCCGAGCCGGCUUCUCCACUCAGCCCUCGCUGGACCUCAACCGCACCCUCGAGUGGCCUUUGCAAGGGGUCCCCAUCUCCCUGGUGAUCAAUUCCACGGGCCUACAGGCACCUGGCCUCCUAGACUCGGUGGAGCUGGCACAGAGCUCAGGGAAGCCCCUCCUGACCCUGCCCAUGAAGCCCCUCUCCAAUGGCUCCACCCACCAGCUGUGGGGCGGGCCACCCUUCCACACCCCCAAGGAGCGCUUCUACCUCAAGGUGAAGGGCAAGGACCAUGAGGGAAACCCCCUCCUUCGUGUCUCUGGAGUGUCCUACAGUGGGGUGGCCCCAGGCGCUCCCCUCGUCAGCAUGGCCCCCAGGAUCCAUGGCUACCUGCACCAGCCCCUGCUGGUCUCCUGUUCGGUGCACAGCGCCCUUCCCUUCCGGCUGCAGCUGUGGCGAGGUGAAGCCAGGCUGGGCGAAGAGAGGCACUUUCAGCAGUCAGGAAACAGCAGCUGGGAGAUCCCGCGGGCCUCCAAGGCCGAGGAGGGCAUGUACGAGUGCACAGCCAUCAGCAGGGCUGGGAUCGGGCGAGCAAAGGCCCAGAUUGUCGUCACAGAUCCCCCGCCGCAGCUGGUCCCUGCUCCCAACGUGACCAUGUCCCCAGGGGAGACUGCUGUCCUAUCCUGCCAGGUCCUAGGCGAGGCCCCCUACAACCUGACGUGGGUCCGGGACUGGCGAGUCCUGCCGGCCUCGACGGGCCGAGUCGCCCAGCUGGCUGACCAGUCCCUGGAGGUCAGCGGCAUCAUCCCCACAGAUGGCGGGAGGUACCAGUGCAUGGCCAGCAACGCCAAUGGGGUCACAAGGGCAUCCGUCUGGCUCCUGGUGCGAGAGGCCCCACAGGUCAGCAUCCACACCAGCUCCCAGCACUUCUCCCAAGGUGUGGAGGUGAAGGUCAGCUGCUCAGCCUCUGGGUACCCCACACCCCACAUCUCCUGGAGCCGUGAGGGCCAAACCCUACAGGAGGACAGCAGAAUCCAUGUGGAUGCGCAGGGAACCUUGAUUAUUCAGGGGGUAGCCCCAGAAGAUGCUGGGAAUUACAGUUGCCAGGCGACUAAUGAGGUUGGCACUGACCAGGAGACAGUCACCCUCUAUUACACAGACCCACCUUCAGUCUCUGCUGUAAAUGCCGUGGUGCUGGUGGCCGUUGGGGAGGAGGCUGUGCUGGUGUGUGAGGCGUCCGGGGUCCCCCCACCCCGAGUCAUCUGGUAUAGAGGGGGUCUUGAAGUGAUCCUGGCCCCUGAGGGCUCCAGCUCUGGGAAGCUGCGGAUCCCGGUGGCUCAGGAGAGAGAUGCUGGCAUCUACACCUGCCGGGCUGUCAAUGAGUUGGGUGACGCCUCUGCAGAAAUCCAGCUGGCGGUUGGACAUGCACCCCAGCUGACGGAGCUGCCCCGGGAUGUCACUGUGGAACUGGGGAGGAGUGCCCUCUUGGCAUGCCGGGCCACAGGCCGCCCGCCCCCGAUGGUCACCUGGCGCCGUGGAGACGGCCAGCCUCUGGGACUCAGGCAGGGGGCCGGGCGAGGCAGCAGGUCUCGGCAGCCGGAUUCGGGAGUGCUGUUCUUUGAAAAUGUGGCCCCAGAAGACCAGGCCUCGUAUGUCUGUGAAGCUCGAAACGUCUUUGGGAAGGUCCAAGCCGAGGCCCAGCUCAUCGUCACUGGUCACGCCCCGCCACAGAUCGCCAGCAGCGCCCCCACUGUCCGGGUCCUGGAGGGGCAGCCUGUGUCCUUACCCUGCAUCGUCCUGGCUGGGCGGCCCCUCCCGGAAAGGCACUGGCUCAAGGAUGGCCGGCCGCUCCCACCUGGUAGCCGGCAUUCCAUCCGAGCGGAUGGCAGCCUCCACCUUGACCGAGCGUUGCAGGAGCACGCGGGGAGGUACCGGUGUGUGGCCACCAACACGGCCGGCUCUCGGCAUCGGGAUGUGGAGCUGGUGGUCCAGGUGCCACCUAGAAUCCAUCCCACUGCCACCCACCACAUCACCAAUGAAGGGGUUCCGGCCUCUCUCCCCUGCGUCGCUUCAGGAGUUCCCUCCCCUACCAUCACCUGGACCAAGGAAACCAAUGCCCUGACCUCCAGAGGUCCCCACUACAAUGUGAGUAAAGAGGGCACCCUGCUCAUCGCCCAGCCAUCUGCCCAGGAUGCAGGGGCCUAUGUCUGCACGGCCACCAACACCGUGGGCUUCUCCAGCCAGGAGAUGCGGCUUUCUGUCAACACCAAACCCAGGAUCCACAUGAAUGGGUCACAUAAUGCAGAUGUGCCUCUGAGAGUCACAGCGAAGGCUGGCGAAGAGGUGACCCUGGAUUGCGAGGCCGAGGGCUCCCCACCCCCACUGGUCACCUGGACGAAGGACUCUCACCCUGUACCGCCCAUCACCAACAGGCAUGGCCUCCUCCCGUCUGGCUCCCUGCGUCUGGCCCAGGUCCAGGGGGGUGACAGCGGCCACUAUGAGUGUACAGCCAGUAACCCUGCGGGGUCCACCUCCCGGCGCUACGUCCUUAGGGUACAAGUCCCCCCUCAGGUGCAGCCAGGCCCUCGGGUUCUGAAGGUGCUGGUGGGAGAAGCCCUGGAUCUGAACUGUGUGGCUGAGGGGAACCCAGGGCCCCAGCUGAGUUGGUCCAAGGAUGGCGUGGUCCUGCGGGGCCGGGGGCCUGAGGGCUCCGUCUACUUUGCAGCCGUCAGAACCUCUGAUGCCGGGAGGUACCGCUGUGAGGCCUCCAACAGCGCCGGGGUGGACGCCUGGGAGGUGGAGCUCAGGGUGCUGGAGCCACCUCACUGGGGUGCUGAUGAGACCAGCGGCCUGCUGGAGCGAGUGGCCGGAGAGAACGCCAGCCUGCCGUGCCCUGCCAGAGGUGAAGCUGCGUCUGGGGUGGGCCUGGGGAGGCCUGUCCUUCCGGGAGGCCCUCACCUGCAGGUCCAGGAGGAUGGCCAGGUUCUCAGGAUCACCAGCAGUCACGUGGGGGAUGAGGGACGAUACCAGUGUGUGGCCUUCAGCCCAGCUGGUCAGCAGGCCAGGGACUUCCAGCUCCGAGUUCAUGCACCCCCCACUAUCUGGGGCUCCAACGAGACAGGUGAGGUGGCUGUCAUGGAGGGCCACCUGGUGCAGCUUCUGUGCGAGGCCCGAGGAGUGCCCACCCCAAACAUCACCUGGUUCAAGGACGGGGCCCUGCUCCCCGCCAGCACCGAGGUGGUCUACACUAGGGGCGGUCGGCAGUUGCAGCUGGAGAGGGCCCAGAGCUCAGAUGCCGGCGUCUACACCUGCAAGGCCAGCAAUGCUGUGGGGGCUGCAGAGAAGGCCACGAGGCUGGACGUUUACGUCCCACCCACCAUCGAGGGCGCCGGCGGAAGACCAUACGUGGUGAAGGCUGUGGCUGGGAGGCCCGUGGCGCUGGAGUGCGUGGCCAGAGGCCACCCACCCCCGACCCUCACCUGGCACCACGAGGGGCUGCCCGUGGCAGAGAGCAACGAGUCUCAGCUGGAGACAGGAGGCAGCGUGCUGAGGCUGGAGAGCCCUGGGGAGGCAUCCACAGGCCUGUACAGCUGUGUGGCCAGCAGCCCUGCCGGGGAAGCCGUGCUGCAGUACUCCGUGGAGGUGCAGGUGCCCCCACAGCUCCUGGUGGCUGAAGGCUUGGGACAGGUGACCACCAUCGUGGGACAGCCCCUGGAACUUCCCUGCCAGGCCUCAGGCUCCCCGGUACCCACUAUCCAGUGGCUACAGAAUGGUCGGCCAGCUGAGGAGCUGGCCGGGGUGCAGGUGGCCUCACAGGGGACCACACUGCACAUUGACCAUGUGGAGCUGGACCACUCAGGCCUCUUCGCCUGCCAGGCCACCAAUGAGGCGGGCACUGCCGGGGCCGAGGUGGAGGUGUCUGUGCAUGAGUUCCCAUCUGUCAGUAUCAUUGGGGGUGAGAACAUCACAGCUCCUUUCCUGCAGCCUGUGACCCUCCAAUGCGUAGGGGAUGGGGUGCCUACCCCAAGCCUCCGUUGGUGGAAGGAUGGUGUAGCCCUGGCAGCCUUUGGGGGGAACCUACAGAUUGAGAAGGUGGACCUGAGGGACGAGGGCAUCUACACUUGUGCCGCUACCAACCUGGCUGGGGAGAGCAAGAGGGAAGUGGCUCUGAAGGUUUUGGUGCCCCCCAACAUCGAGCCAGGCCCAAUCAACAAGGCAGUGCUGGAAAAUGCCUCAGUGACCUUGGAGUGUCUGGCUUCGGGCGUGCCCCCUCCUGAUGUCUCCUGGUUCAAGGGCCACCAACCUGUCUCUUCUUGGAUGGGAGUGACAGUAUCAGCGGAUGGGAGAGUUCUCCGCAUUGAGCAAGCCCAGCUUUCUGAUGCUGGGAGCUACCGCUGUGUGGCAUCCAAUGUGGCAGGUAGCACAGAGCUGCAGUUUGGCCUACGGGUCAAUGUGCCCCCUCGAAUCACGCUGCCACCCAGCCUGCCAGGCCCUGUGUUGGUCAACACCCCUGUCCGGCUGACCUGCAAUGCCACCGGUGCCCCUGGCCCCAUACUGAUGUGGUUGAAGGAUGGAAACCCUGUGUCCCCUGCAGGGACCCCUGGCUUGCAGGUCUUCCCUGGGGGCCGGGUCCUCACCUUGACCAGCGCUCGGGCCUCCGACUCUGGGAGGUACUCCUGCGUGGCUGUGAGCGCGGUGGGCGAGGACCGCCGGGAUGUCGUCCUCCAAGUCCACAUGCCCCCGAGUAUCCUCGGAGAAGAGCUGAAUGUGUCCAUCGUGGCCAAUGAGUCAGUGACCCUGGAGUGCCAGAGUCACGCCAUGCCCCCUCCUGUGCUGAGCUGGUGGAAGGACGGGCGGCCCCUGGAACCACGGCCUGGAGUCCACCUCUCCACAGACAAAGCCUUGCUGCAGGUGGACAGAGCCGACGUGUGGGAUGCGGGCCGCUACACCUGUGAGGCACUGAAUCAGGCCGGCCGCUCAGAGAAACACUACAAUCUCAACGUCUGGGUCGCUCCAGUGUUCCCCUCGAGGGAAUCCCACACCCUGACUGUGAACGAGGGACAUUCUGCCAGGCUGUCCUGCGAAUGCCGGGGCGUCCCCUUCCCCAAGAUCUCCUGGAGGAAGGACGGUCAACCCCUCCCCGGGGAGGGGGCUGGCCUCCAGCAGGUGUCGGCUGUGGGGAGGCUGCUGUACCUGGGACAGGCCCAGCUGGCUCAGGAAGGAACAUACACCUGUGAGUGCAGCAACGUGGCGGGGAACAGCAGCCAGGACCUGCAGCUGGAGGUGCACGUUCCCCCUCAGAUUGCUGGUCCCUGGGAGCUUCCCACACAGGUCUCUGUGGUCCAGGAUGGAGUGACUACUCUGGAGUGCAACGCCACAGGGAAACCCCCUCCGAAAGUGACAUGGGAGCAGGACGGCCAGCCCGUGGGGGCCGAGCUAGGCCUGCAGCUGCAGAACCAGGGUCAGAGCCUGCAUGUAGAGCGGGCCCAGGCUGCCCACGCCGGACACUACAGCUGUGUGGCCGAGAACCUGGCUGGGAGGGCAGAGAGGAGGUUUGAGCUCUCUGUGCUGGUGCCCCCAGAGCUCAUUGGAGACUUGGACCCGCUGACCAACAUCACUGCCGCCUUGCACAGCCCCUUAACUCUGCUCUGUGAAGCCACAGGGAUCCCGCCCCCGGCCAUCCACUGGUUCCGAGGGGAGGAGCCUGUCAGCCCGGGGGAGGACACCUACCUGCUGGCAGGUGGCUGGAUGCUGAAGAUGACUCAGACACAGGAGCAAGACAGUGGCCUCUACUCAUGCCUGGCAAGCAAUGAGGCUGGGGAGGCACGGAGGAACUUCAGUGUGGAGGUGCUGGUUCCUCCCAGUAUUGAGAACGAGGACCUGGAGGAGGUGAUCAAAGUCCCUGAGGGACAGACUGCCCAUCUGAUGUGCAACGUCACAGGCCACCCACAUCCCAAGCUCACAUGGUUCAAAGAUGGCCGGCCCCUGGCUGGUGGAGAUGCCCACCACAUCUCCCCAGACGGAGUCCUCCUGCAGGUCCUCCAGGCAAAUCUGUCCAGUGCUGGCCACUACUCCUGCAUUGCAGCCAAUGCUGUUGGGGAGAAGACCAAACACUUCCAGCUCAGUGUCCUGUUGGCUCCCACCAUCCUGGGAGUGACUGAGGACAGUGCAGACGAGGAGGUGACCGUGACCAUCAACAACCCCAUCUCUCUGAUCUGCGAGGCGCUGGCCUUCCCUUCCCCCAACAUCACCUGGAUGAAGGACGGGGCCCCUUUUGAGGCCUCCAGGAACAUCCAGCUGCUCCCAGGUACCCACGGACUGCAGAUCCUGAAUGCCCAGAAGGAAGAUGCUGGUCAGUAUACCUGCGUGGUCACCAACGAGCUUGGGGAGGCCGUGAAAAACUACCACGUGGAAGUGCUCAUCCCCCCUUCCAUCUCCAAAGACGACCCCUUGGGGGAGGUCGGCGUGAAGGAGGUGAGGACCAAGGUCAAUAGCACCUUGACCCUGGAGUGUGAGAGCUGGGCUGCGCCCCCACCCACCAUCCACUGGUACAAGGAUGGACAGCCCGUGACCCCCAGCCCGCGGCUGCAUGUCCUGGGCGAAGGGCGACUGCUCCAGAUCCAGCCCACGCAGGUCUCAGACUCAGGACGGUACCUGUGUGUGGCCACCAACGUGGCUGGCGAGGAUGACCAGGACUUCAACGUGCUCAUCCAGGUGCCCCCCAUGUUCCAGAAGGUGGGUGAUGCCAGUGCAGCCUUCGAGAUCCUCUCCUGGGAGCAGGAGGCCCGGGGCGGAGUAACGGAAUACAGGGAGAUUGUGGAGAACAACCCAGCCUACCUGUACUGUGACACCAACGCAAUCCCACCCCCGGAGCUCACCUGGUACAAAGAGGAUCGGCCCCUCUCGGCCGGGGAUGGGGUGUCUGUGCUGCAAGGAGGCCGGGUCCUGCAGAUCCCCCUGGUGCGGGCGGAGGAUGCCGGGAAGUAUUCUUGCAAGGCAUCCAACGAGGUGGGCGAGGACUGGCUGCACUACGAGCUGCUGGUGCUGACCCCACCUGUGAUCCUGGGCGCCACAGAGGAGCUGGUGGAAGAGGUGACAGUGAACGCCAGCAGCACCGUCAGCCUGCAGUGCCCGGCCCUGGGAAACCCCGUGCCCACCAUCUCAUGGCUCCAGAAUGGGUUGCCUGUCUCCCCGAGCCCACGGCUGCAGGUCCUGGACGACGGGCAAGUCUUGCAGGUUUCCACGGCCGAGGUGGCCGACGCCGCCAGCUACAUGUGUGUGGCUGAGAACCAGGCGGGCUCCGCUGAGAAGCUCUUCACCCUCAGGGUUCAAGUCCCGCCACGAAUCGCAGGGCUGGACUUGGAGCAGGUCACUGCCAUCCUCAACAGCAGCAUCUCCCUCCCUUGCGAUGUCCACGCUCACCCAAACCCCGAGGUCACGUGGUACAAGGACAACCAGGCCCUCUCCCUGGGUGCAAAAGUCUUCCUCCUUCCCGGCACCCACACGCUGCAGCUGGGGCGAGCACGGCUGUCGGACUCUGGGACAUACACAUGCGAAGCCAUCAACGCUGCCGGCCGAGACCAGAAGCUGGUGCAGCUCAGUGUUCUGGUUCCCCCUGCCUUCAGGCAGGCUCCCAGCGGCCCCCACGGGGCGGUCCUGGUGAGGGUCGGGGACAGAGCUGUCCUGAGCUGCGAGACAAAUGCGCUCCCUGAGCCAAUGGUGACCUGGUACAAGGAUGGGCAGCUCCUGGUCCUGGCACAGCGGACCCAGGCUCUGCAGGGUGGGCAGAGGCUGGAGAUCCAGGAGGCCCAGGUGUCGGAUAAAGGUUUAUACAGCUGUAAAGUCAGCAACGUGGCUGGGGAGGCUGUGCGGACUUUCACCCUCACCGUCCAGGUGCCCCCAACAUUUGAGAACCCUAAGACAGAGACAGUGAGCCAGGUGGCUGGGAGCCCCCUGGUCCUGACCUGUGAUGUGUCCGGGAUCCCUGCACCCACGGUCACUUGGCUGAAGGACAGGAUGCCCGUGGAGAGCAGCGUGGUGCACGGUGUGGUCUCCCGGGGGGGACGCCUCCAACUGAGCCGCCUGCAACCGACCCAGGCAGGCACCUACACAUGCGUGGCUGAGAACACCCAGGCCGAGGCCCGCAAGGACUUUGUGGUAGCAGUGCUGGUGGCCCCCCGGAUCCGGAGCUCGGGCACUGCGCAGGAGCACCACAUCUUGGAAGGGCAGGAGGUGCGGCUGGACUGUGAGGCUGACGGGCAGCCGCUGCCGGAUGUGGCCUGGCUGAAGGACGGCAGCCCGCUGGGCCAGGACGUGGGCCCCCACCUCCGGUUCUACCUGGAUGGCGGCUCCCUGGUGCUAAAAGGCCUGAGGGCCUCGGACGCAGGUGCCUACACCUGCGUGGCCCGCAACCCAGCCGGGGAGGACGCCAGGCUGCACACGGUGAAUGUGCUGGUUCCUCCCACCAUUGAGCAGGGAGCAGAUAGCUCGAGGGCCCUGGUGAGCAGGCCUGGGGAGCUGGUGACCAUGGCAUGCCCCGUACGGGGCUCCCCGCCCAUCCAUGUGAGCUGGCUCAAGGACGGCCUGCCCCUCCCGCUCUCCCAGCGCACCCUCCUCCACAGCUCUGGCCGCACCCUCAGGAUUUCCCAGGUGCAGUUGGCAGAUGCCGGCAUCUUCACCUGCGUGGCUGCAAGCCCAGCUGGCGUGGCGGACAGGAACUUCACCUUGCAGGUGCAGGUGCCGCCUGUCCUGGAGCCGGUGGAGUUCCAGAAUGAGGUGGUGGUGGUUCGUGGCUCCCCAGUGGAACUCCCGUGCGAGGCCCGGGGCGUUCCCCUGCCUCUCGUGUCAUGGAUGAAGGACGGGGAGCCCUUGUUGUCCCAGAGCCUUGAGCAGGGGCCCAGCCUGCAGCUGGAGACAGUGGGAGCUGGUGACUCGGGAACCUACUCCUGUGUGGCCGUGAGCGAGGCCGGGGAAGCCAGGAGGCAUUUCCAGCUGACCGUCAUGGAGCCCCCUCACAUUGAGGACUCAGGCCAGUCUACAGAGCUGUCGCUGACCCCCGGUGCCCCCAUGGAGCUCCUCUGUGAGGCCCAGGGCACCCCCCAGCCCAACAUCACCUGGCAUAAGGAUGGGCAGGCCCUGACCAGGCGGGAGAACAGCAGCAGAGCCACAGGGGUACUCCGGGUGGACAGUGUGCAGGUUGGUGAUGCUGGGCUGUACACUUGCCUGGCUGAAAGCCCUGCAGGUGCAGUCGAGAAGAGCUUCCGGGUCAGGGUUCAAGCCCCUCCAAACAUUGUUGGGCCCCGAGGCCCCCGCUUUGUGGUCGGCCUGGCCCCGGGGCAGCUGGUCCUGGAGUGUUCGGUGGAGGCAGAGCCAGCGCCCGAGAUCACGUGGCACCGAGAUGGCAUCGUGCUGCAGGAGGAUGCCCACACACAGUUCCCAGAGCGGGGCAGGUUCCUCCAGCUGCAGGCCCUGAGCACGGCUGACAGCGGCGACUACAGCUGCACAGCCCGCAACGCUGCAGGCAGCACAAGUGUGGCCUUCCACGUGGAGAUCCACACGGUGCCCACCAUCCGGUCGGGACCACCUGCAGUGAAUGUCUCAGUGAACCAGACAGCCCUGCUGCCCUGCCAGGCUGACGGUGUGCCCACGCCCCUCGUGAGCUGGCGCAAGGACGGGGUCUCCCUGGAUCCCAGGAGCCCCAGGUUCGAAGUUCUGCCUGAGGGUUCCCUGAGAAUCCAGCCAGUCCUUCCCCAGGACGCCGGCCACUACCUCUGCCUGGUAUCCAACUCUGCUGGAUCCGAUCGCCAAGGCCGCGACCUACGGGUCUUUGAGCCUCCAGCCAUCGCCCCCAGCCCCUCCAACCUGACCCUGACCGCCCACACCCCAGCCUUGCUGCCCUGCGAGGCCAGCGGCUCCCCUAAGCCCCUGGUGGUCUGGUGGAAGGACGGACAGAAGCUGGACUUCCGCCUGCAGCAGGGCGCCUACCGGCUCCUGCCCUCCAAUGCCCUGCUCCUUGCGGCCCCUGGCCCCCAGGACUCAGCCCAGUUUGAGUGCGUGGUGAGCAAUGAGCUGGGCGAGGCCCGCAGGCUCUACCAGGUGACCGUCCAUGUGCCUCCCACCAUUGCCGACGACCAGACAGACUUCACCGUGACCAUGAUGGCACCCGUGGUCCUCACAUGUCACAGCACGGGUGUACCAGCUCCGACCGUGUCCUGGAGCAAGGCAGGUGCCCAGCUAGGAGCUCGGGGAAGCGGCUAUCGUGUGUCACCAUCGGGCGCCCUGGAGAUCGGGCAGGCCCUCCCCAUCCAUGCGGGCCGCUACACCUGCUCAGCCCGCAACUCUGCCGGCGUCGCCCACAAGCACGUCUUCCUCACUGUGCAAGCCUCCCCGGUGGUGAAGCCGCUGCCCAGCGUGGUUCGGGCAGUGGCAGAGGAGGAGGUGCUGCUGCCCUGCGAGGCCUCAGGCAUCCCCCGGCCGACCAUCACCUGGCAGAAGGAAGGGCUCAACGUCCCUGCGGGAGUGAGUACCCAGGUCCUACCAGGCGGACAGCUGAGGAUUGCCCAUGCCAGCCCAGAGGAUGCUGGAAACUAUCUCUGCAUCGCCAAGAGCAGUGCAGGCAGCGCCGUGGGGAAGACACGGCUGGUGGUGCAAGUCCCACCGGUGAUCGAGAAUGGCCUCCCAGACCUGUCUACCACCGAAGGCUCCCACGCAUUCUUGCCUUGCAAGGCGAGGGGCAGUCCUGAGCCCAACAUCACCUGGGACAAAGAUGGCCAGCCUGUGUCAGGCGCCGAGGGGAAGUUCACCAUACAGCCUUCUGGGGAGUUGCUGGUGAAGAACUUGGAGGGCCGGGACGCAGGCACCUAUACCUGUACCGCUGAGAAUGCCGUGGGCCGGGCCCGCCGCCGCGUGCACCUCACCAUCCUGGCGCUGCCUGUGUUCACCACCCUACCUGGGGACCGCAGCCUGCGCCCUGGGGACAGGCUGUGGCUUCGCUGUGCAGCCCGGGGCAGCCCCACCCCUCGCAUUGGCUGGACUGUCAACGACCGGCCAGUCACAGAAGGGGUGUCUGAGCAGGAUGGAGGCAGCACGCUGCAGCGGGCCUCUGUCUCCAGAGAAGACAGCGGGACCUAUGUCUGCUGGGCGGAGAACAGAGUGGGCCGCACGCAGGCCGUCAGCUUAGUCCACGUGAAGGAGGCUCCUGUCCUACAAGGGGAGGCUUUCUCCUACCUGGUGGAACCCGUAGGAGGCAGCAUUCAGCUAGACUGUGUGGCGCGUGGAGACCCAGUGCCGGCUAUCCGCUGGAUCAAAGAUGGCCUUCCACUGCGGGGCAGCCACCUCCGGCACCAGCUACAGAAUGGCUCACUGACCAUCCGCAGGACUGAGAGGGACGAUGCAGGACAGUACCAGUGCCUGGCAGAGAACGAGAUGGGCAUGACGAAGAAAGUGGUGAUCCUCGUCCUACAGAGUGCUCCGGUGUUCCAGGUGGAGCCCCAGGACAUGACAGUGAGAUCCGGAGAUGACGUGGCUCUGCGAUGCCAGGCCACUGGAGAGCCCAUACCCACCAUUGAAUGGCUUCAGGCGGGUCAACCCUUGCGGGCCAGCCGGCGGCUCCGGACCCUGCCCGAUGGGAGCCUGUGGCUGGAGAAUGUGGAGACUGGGGAUGCAGGCGCCUACGACUGCGUUGCUCACAAUCUCCUGGGCUCUGCCACAGCCCGGGCGUUCCUGGUCGUGAGAGGGGAACCCCAGGGGAGCUGGGGCAGCAUGAUUGGGGUGAUCAAUGGCCGGAAAUUUGGCGUGGCCACACUCAACACCAGCGUGAUGCAGGAGGUGCGCUCCGGGGUCAGCAGCAUCCACAGCAGCAUCCGCCAUGUCCCAGCAAACGUGGGACCUCUGAUGCGGGUGCUCCUGGUCACCAUCGCCCCCAUCUACUGGGCCCUGGCCAGAGAGAAUGGGGAAGCCCUGAAUGGCCAGUCCCUGACCGGGGGCAGGUUCCGGCAGGAAUCACACGUGGAGUUUGCUACAGGGGAGCUGCUCACAAUGACCCAGGUGGCCCGGGGCCUGGAUCCCGAUGGCCUCCUGCUCCUCGAUGUGGUGGUCAAUGGCGUUGUCCCCGAGAGCCUGGCUGACACAGAUCUUCAAGUGCAGGACUUUGAGGAGCACUAUGUGCAAACAGGGCCUGGCCAGCUGUUUGUAGGCUCCACACAGCACUUCUUCCAGGGCAGCCUCCCCUCAUUCCUGCGCUGCAACCACAGCAUCCAGUACAACGCAGCCCGGGGCCCCCAGCCCCAGCUGGUGCAACACCUGCGGGCCUCAGCUAUCAGCUCGGCCUUUGACCCAGAGGCCGAGGCUCUGCGCUUCCAGCUCACUACAGCCCUACAGGCGGCGGAGAACGAGGUCAGCUGCCCCGAAGGCUUUGAGCUGGACUCCCAGGGAGCAUUUUGUGUAGACAGGGACGAGUGCUCAGGAGGCCCCAGCCCCUGCUCCCACACCUGCCUUAACGCACCCGGCCGCUUCUCCUGCGCCUGCCCGGCUGGCUUCGCCCUGGCCUGGGAUGACAGGAACUGCAGAGAUGUGGACGAGUGUGCGGGGGAUGCUCGCCUCUGCCGAGAGGGACAGCGCUGUGUGAACCUGCUCGGGUCCUACCGCUGCCUCCCCGACUGUGGGCCUGGCUUCCGGGUGGCUGCUGAUGGGGCCAGCUGUGAAGAUGUGGACGAAUGCCUGGAGGGGUUGGACGACUGUCACUACAACCAGCUCUGCGAGAACACCCCAGGUGGUCACCGCUGCAGCUGCCCCAGGGGCUACCGGAUGCAAGGCCCCAGCCUGCCCUGCCUAGAUGUCAAUGAGUGCUUGCAGCUGCCCAAGGUCUGCGCCUACCAGUGCCACAACCUCCAGGGCAGCUACCGCUGCCUGUGCCCCCCAGGCCAGACUCUCCUUCGCGACGGCAAGGCCUGUACCUCACUGGAGCGGAAUGGACAAAAUGUGACCGCUGUCAGCCACCGAGGCCCUCUAGUGCCCUGGCUGCGGCCCUGGGCCUCGAUCCCUGGUGGCUCCUACCACGCCUGGGUCUCUCUCCGGCCGGGUCCCGUGGUCCUGAGCAGUGUGGGCCGGGCCUGGUGCCCUCCUGGUUUCAUCAGGCAGAACGGAGUCUGCACAGACCUCGACGAGUGCCGGGUGAGGAACUUGUGUCAGCACACCUGCCGCAACACCGAGGGCAGCUACCAGUGCCUGUGCCCCGCCGGCUACCGCCUGCUCCCCAGUGGGAAGAACUGCCAGGACAUCAACGAGUGCGAGGAGGAGGGCAUCGAGUGUGGACCCGGCCAGAUGUGCUUCAACACCCGCGGCAGCUACCAGUGUGUGGACACACCCUGUCCUGCCACCUACCGGCAGGGCUCCAGCCCUGGGACGUGCUUCCGGCGCUGCUCGCAGGACUGCGACACCGGCGGCCCCUCCACGCUGCAGUACCGGCUGCUGCCGCUGCCCCUGGGCGUUCGCGCCCACCAUGACGUGGCCCGCCUGGCUGCCUUCUCCGAGGCCGGCGUCCCAGCCAACCACACCGAGCUCAGCGUGCUGGAGCCGGACCCGCGCAGCCCCUUCGCGCUGCGCCCGCUGCGCGCGGGCCUGGGCGCGGUCUACACCCGUCGCGCGCUCACCCGCUCUGGCCUCUACCGGCUCACCGUGCGCGCCGCGGCGCCACGCCACCAAAGCAUCUUCGUCCUGCUCAUCGCCGUGUCCCCCUACCCCUACUAA